AAUUCUUAGCCAUUCAAAGAAGAAAUCCACCAAUCAGCAGCUCCCCAGGGCAAACAACUGUCUGAAAGCAAGAAAAACAGGUCCUUUCCAAAUCAACACUCAAGUCUGGAAAGAAUUUUCAUCAACGCUAUCAGGGUAUAUGUGUAUUUUUAGAUACGAUGAUACUUUGAACUGCUUAUGCUAAAGAACAGUGCAAAAUGCAAAAUUAAGAAAACAAGGUGCAUGGAUUUCAGCCUAAAUGACCACAAACGGUUAACGGAUGGAUUAUAAUAUGGACGGAUAUUUGGACCAGCAAGUGCCUUACACUUUAUCCAGCAAGUCGCAAGGAAAUGGGCCCUUAAAUAGGCUAUUGAUGUCGACAAAAAGGAAAUACAUGGAUACGGAAUUACCACCUCAGGAAUCUGAAGAUCUUUUUCAGGAUUUAAGCCAACUUCAGGAGACGUGGCUCACCGAAGCUCAGGUUCCCGACAGUGAUGAGCAGUUUGUCCCUGACUUCCAUUCAGAAAACUCGGUUGCGUUCCACAGCCCCCCGGUGAAAAUAAAACAAGAGCCCCAGAGCCCUGGCUCCAACCCCAGCCAGUCCUGCAGCCACAAGCAGACCUUCACCUACCCACAUGGGGAGCAGUGCCUUUACGCCAGUGCCUACGAGCAGAAGAGAGCUGCAGGCCCAAAGACCUCCAGCUCCGGGAUCUCCCUGUCUCCCAUGCAGCGCUACUCUCCAAAAACUUCCCAGAGCGCCCGGCUUGACUCAGCGUAUAUGAACCCACCUGCCACGCAGCCACUCCCCAGUCACAGUUAUCCCAUGGAUCACAGCUCCAGAUACCCUCAGCCUUCGGCAGAGAUGUGUCCCCAGUACCCUCGUCAGGGCCAUACCCUGCAACGAACACACCCUGCCCCAGGUGGAGGUGGGGGUGGGGGAGGAGGAGGAGGAGGAGGAGGAGGGGGAGGAGAAGGGGGAGGAGGUUACCAUCGCCAAAUGUCCGACCCUUGCAUGCCCUAUCUGCAGCAGAGCUUCAAGCAGGAGUACCUAGACCCCUUGUAUGACCGGGCUGCCCACAUGGCCAGGGUUCCCCCACAGAGAUAUCCCCCUGCCAACAUGAUGGUUAAGCAGGAGCCCACUGACUACACGUACGAGCCAGGUUAUCCCUUCGAGAAUGACUCCAGGGUUGUUCCAGAAAAAUUUGAAGGUGAGGUGAAGCAGGAAGCUGGCAGUGUGUUUCGCGAGGGCGCCCCCUACCAGCGCCGUGGCUCCCUGCAGCUUUGGCAGUUCUUGGUGGCUCUGCUGGAUGACCCUGCCAACAUUCACUUCAUCGCCUGGACUGGCCGUGGAAUGGAGUUCAAACUCAUUGAGCCAGAGGAGGUUGCCAGGCUGUGGGGGAUGCAGAAGAACCGUCCAGCCAUGAACUACGACAAGCUGAGCCGCUCUCUGCGCUACUAUUAUGAGAAGGGCAUCAUGCAAAAGGUGGCGGGUGAGCGCUAUGUGUACAAGUUCGUCUGUGAGCCUGAGGCCCUCAUCUCACUGGCCUUCCCAGACAAUCAGCGGGCAAGCCUGAAGGCCGAGUUUGAUCGUUACGUCAACGAGGAGGACACCGUGCCCCUCUCUCACCUGGACGAGGUGGUGCCCUAUCCCCCUGAGCAGGCCGGUGCUAACAUGGGCCCCCAGCCCUACUCCAAAGGCUACAUGUACUAAGCCCGCCCCCUCACCUCGUCUCCCCUCCCAUUCAUCCAUUACCCAUCUUGCACAUGCCCACCUCGCGCCCUUGUAUAUAUGGCUAUGGUGUUUUUGUUUAAGUUAAACCUGUUAGGGACUUCAAGGUUUUAAAAGUCACAUUCUUCUCACUUCUAAAGCCUGACCAAUCCAAAUACUUGGCAGUUGUUAAACUGAUCGCUUAAUAAAGAUGUGAUAUUAAUACUA